GAGAUCAAUAUUCCCGCCAUUUUCCUGCUACUCUUAAAAAGUGGGCAGCUUAAGAAAACCCUAGCGAGGGAGAGAAAGGAAAAGGCCAUGGAAGAGGAAAUCGUGGAGGAAUUCAAGAAGGCUAACUUCUCUCUUGACGAAGAAGAAGAGAUUGCCAAGAAAUGUCUUACAUUCUGCAUAAACUACAAUCUCAAGCCCUCAGAACUUGUUUCAAGCUGGGAGGUUUACUAUCUCAACAGGCUACUGAACGAGGCAAUUGUGCAAGAUGCAGAGAUGGAUGGGUUUUUACAGCACUUGCAAAAUGCGCAGAAAGAGGCGGUUAUUAAGGAGGAAACCGCUUUGCAUUUUUACUCUAGUAAAGAUGUGGACAUGAUUUUGAAUGAUGAAGUUGGAGAUACAAAAGAAGAUAUUCUGGGAUCUCCAACAGACAGAUCCCAGGGACUUUAUCCAGAGCCAUUGGAUGCAACACCUCAAACAAAUGGGAAUAUCUUUUCUUCAGGAAAAUCAUCAAAACAUUUGACUCCCUUUGGGCAACGAACAAAUAAGUUCAUGACAAAAUUUAGCAUGAAUAAUAUGCCAUGUACAGAUGACAGAGAAAAGGCACGUGAUCAGGAGAAUAAUGAGGAUGAUAUUAUCAAAAAGGUUCAGCCUCAAAAGAGGUGCUCUCUGAUAGUUCAUGAAUCAAGGCCUGAACCAGGUUGUCGAUUCAUGUAUGACCGGAUUGAAGAUAGGUUUAAUGCACUGGAAAACCGAAUUAAGAGGUGUACGACUGCACUUGUUGCCUCAGGGCUCUAUGAGGAGCCAGUGGACCCUACAGUGGCUUCCCAGAAAAGCAUAUUUACUGUUGGUAUGAUCUGUUGUGAUGGAGAAGGCCAUUUAAAUGAGAAGUCCACCUUGCUGCAAAGCAGUGUUGAGCAUUCCGGAGGGCAACGUGUUCGUCUGGAACUGCAAAAAUUGAGCCAGUUUUCAGUUUUCCCUGGCCAGGUUGUUGGUAUUGAAGGGCAUAAUCCUAGUGGACACUGCUUAAUUGCAUCGAAACUGGUGGAUUCUAUUCCUGUAUCUGUUACUGCUGAUGUGAAUUUCCGUCCUACAAAGAAACAAGCUUUAGAUCAGGAGAUUCAAUUUACUGAUCUCUCCUGUAUAAAGGCAGAGCUAUCAGUGAUUAUUGCUUCGGGCCCUUUUACCACCUCGGACAACUUAUUGUUUGAGCCUCUGACGGAACUGCUAACAUAUGCAACCAGAAAGCCACCUCAGGUGCUUAUAUUGCUGGGGCCAUUUCUAGAUUGUGAACAUAUUGAGAUUAAGAAAGGGACUACUGACAGGAGCUUUGAUGAAAUAUUCCAUCUGGAAAUCCUCAGAAGGUUGCAAGAUUAUGCAGAAUACAUGGGUUCUGAUGUACGUGUGAUUCUCAUGCCAUCGACACGUGACGCAAACCAUGACUUUGUUUUCCCCCAGCCUCCUUUUGAGAUCCAUCCACCUGAUCUCAAGCAUCAGGUUAUCAGUAUCCCAAAUCCGGGGGCUUUUGAGGCAAAUCAGGUCAAGAUAGGUUGCUGCACUGUGGAUAUUCUGAAACACCUUAGCGGAGAGGAGAUGUCUCGAAAUCCAUCAGAUGGAACAUCCAAUGAUCGCAUGAGUAGACUUGCAAACCAUAUUCUUAGACAGCAGAGCUUUUAUCCUCUAUACCCACCAGCAGAAGGCAUUCCAUUGGACUUCUCACUUGCUCCAGAAGCUCUUCACAUCUCUUCCAUUCCAGAUAUUCUCAUCCUACCUUCAGACAUGAAGUAUUUUGUAAAGGUGCUGUCUCUUGGGGAAGGAGGUGAAGGAGACGAGCAAGUGAAGUGCAUUUGUGUGAAUCCCGGAAGGCUAUCAAAGGGAGAAGGAGGGGGCACUUUUGCAGAGCUCAACUACUAUGGAGGUCCUGACACGACCAAUGCUUCCAUUAUCGGCAUAUAAAUAAAUCCAGGAGUGAAUUAUUCAAGGUACUUUAUCCAGGAAAAGAAAUAUUUAAGACAGGAGAUCCAAGAUCUGGCCAUCAUCACUUUCAAGCCUCUCUCUGUCUGAUUUGGAGUGGACUUGAGCUAGUGGAGUUGUCUACAGGAGGGCAUUGAAUUUGUUGGAAUCGUGUUGAUCAGAAGAUUUGCACUUCCUACUCUUAGUGCUAGAGCCAAUGAAACCGCCUUGAUCAGUCAUGUUUCUGUAAAAAUUCGAUUUUAUUGUAUCUUGUAUCAAUGCAAUAACUUCGGAGAGAGUUGAACCGAAACUGAUGGCAAAAAUCAACUAGAUUAGCCAAUUCCUUAUGAUUUAUCAGCCUAUUUUUCACUAAA